GCUGAGGUCGCAUUGGUGUCCUAACUGGUGAGAGAAAGGGCGUGCUUUCCCUAUUUAAACCGGUUGUCCCACCAGAAUUGGCUACACGGACGUAGUUUACCAUUCUUAUCGCACCCUACUACGCAAGAUAUCCUCCAAGAUGGGCGACAACAAUCCAGUGAAGCAGGGAGUGGAGACCUUCGAUAAGAAGUGUCUAAAGAAAACCAAUACGGCAGAGAAGAACACCCUGCCAACUAAGGAGGAUAUUGAGCAGGAGAAGAAAGCUGAGAAGGCCACCAAAUGAAACCUCCUAGUUCCUCUACUCCUGUCACCCCCCCCCAUUGGCCUCCUCCCUACUCCGCUUCAAAACAUCUGUCCAUCCUCUCUGUCUACUUGUAUCACCAUGUUAAUGAAUCACAAUGGCAUUUACUCUGAUGCUGUGGGGAUAAUUAGGGGAUGCAUGAUUAGUGAAUGGAAGGACAGUGCCAUUUUAUUGUCAAUGUUUCAAAUUGUGCUUUUUAAUGCAGUCUCGGUUUGAAAGGGGUGAACUAAGAUCAAGAUGGACAUGGCAGGGUAUUUGUUGAGCAGAAGAAAUGAGUACAAUGUGUUAUAUUGUAUCCAGAAACAGCCAACUAUGCCCAAAAGUUCUGCCUGUAAAUGGUGCCAUUCUGGAUGGUGCCAUUCAAGUUCCGUAACAAUGACAUGUAAGAAGAUAUUUUUGUUUUAAUAAAAUGUACGUUUUAAAA